GUAAAAGGCCAAUCACAGCGGCCUUUUACCACGUGAUCAGCGGUGUCCAAUGACACGCUGAUCACAGGGAAAUGCAAGUGCCGGUUCUCGGCUGCACUUUCCUCACGCUGUCAGAUCAACCGGCAGUUGUCAGAGCGCGGAUCGGCACAGAUCAUCAGGGCACUGAUGAUCAGUGCCCUGAUGAUCGAUGCCCAGCAGUGACACCCGCAAGUUCCGCCCAGCAGUGCGCCCACUAGCUCCGCUCACCCGUCCCCAGCAGUGCACCCACCUGUGCCCAGCAGUGCCCCCACCUGUGCCCAGCAGUGC